GGAGAGAGAGACAGAGAGAGAAAGAGAAAGAGAGAAGAGACACCUACUCAGGUGACUAUAUGAGACAGGAAGGACCUGUGUUUUACAGACCGCUUAGUAGCCCGGUGAGGGACAGAGGAACUGUACCGCGUGUGGAUUUAAACUACAGGAGUGUUUUUCCCUUUUCCCCAGAACUUUUCUUUUUUUUCUGCUCUUGAAUGGCAGAUUUCCCUGGAAAAGUCAACACCCAGACAAGUGCUGCUGCCUCACAACAGGGAAACAUCAAAAUGGCAGUGGAUGUGUCAUUUGUCAGGACCAUACCAGCCAUCCUCAUGAUGGCUGAGACUGUUGUUGGGCUGUUGGUCUGGUCUCUGAUGGCUAGUAUCCAUAUCUUCCAUCCUGCCAUUGGCUGGGUGAUGUUUGUCUCCGUCACCCUCUGGCUCCUGACCAUAGUGCUGUUCUGUAUGCUGCUCUUUGGGGUUCAUCACAAGUUACCCUCUGUGCCCUGGCCCCUCGCUGUGUUGGUCUUCAAUGGUGUGGCCGCUUUCUUGUACUUAACUGCUUUCAUAACCACUGCAGCAGUCGCCAGUGAUUACUACUGGACAUGGGCCUAUGGACACAUGGUUGCAGCCGCGGUCUUUGGUUGUAUAGUAACAGUGGGAUAUGGAGCCAGCGCGUUCUUUUCCUACACAAUGUGGAGAGGAAAUGAUGGCAAUGCAGCAGGCUCCACUGUGCCAGUGUAGAAGGACACUCCGAACAAACAGCCCUCAAUACACGCACACAUGCACACCUAGCAAAACUGCUCUGAAGACACCUGUCUACACUAGGACGAUAGGUGGCGGUAAAAUCUAGUUUACAAUUACCAGUGUUCUUCUUUCCAUCUGUGUGUGUGUGCGCGCGCAUGUUUUUUUACUUUACUACUUAUGAACUUAAAGCAUUUUGUACGGCAAGACCUCAUUUCACUGGAGGUAUCUUGGCAACUGUGGAAGGAGGCUUCUGUGUACUGUAGCACCUGAUGAGUAGGCCUAUGUGAAUGUUGCCAUGGAUACCAUUCCAAGGCUUUUGUAUUGGUGCAUACACAUCAGGACUGUGACAUACUCCCUUCCAUAUUCUUGAUGUGAAGAUCAUCUAUGUCGUGCAGAGAAUGCACUUUCCUGUUUUUUUUUUCCUUUUCUUUUUAACAUGUCAUGUACAAAAUCUGAAAGACAUUUUGAUAAAGUACGAAAUGAUUUUAAA